AUGCGUCUACUGAGAAGUCUUUACGGCCUCGGGGCCUUGCUGAGCAGCGUCGAUGCGAGCCCGGUCCCCGAGCCCCAGCCGCGCUCCAGCCUUCAAGCCGGCCUCAUCAUGACCAACGACUUCACCUGCAAGUCGGACAAGAACCCAGUCAUCGUCCUCCACGGCCUGUUCGCGAACCGCAACCUAGACCUCAACUUCUUCGAGGCCUGGGCGCGGCCGCAGGGCUACUGCACCUACGGCCUGACCUACGGCGCGCACCCCGCGUUCCCCUCCGUCGGCGGCGUCCAGCGCGUUGCCGAGUCGUCGCAGCAGAUUGUUGCCCUGAUCAACGAGGUGCUGCAGAAGUCGGGCGCGAAAAAGGUCGACCUCGUCGGCCACUCCGAGGGCGGCCUGCAGGCGCUGUACGUGGCCAAGGUGCGCAAGAUGAGCGCCAAGAUUGACAAGAUUGUCGCCAUCGCGCCGCCGAGCCACGGCACCGAAUUUAGUCGCCUCAUCAAUAUUGCCAAUCUGCUGCUGAUCCGUACCGAGGUGGACAAGGUCCUCACGACCGUGGGCUGCCCGGCAUGCCUCGACGUGGCUGAUGGGGAUGCGAUCAAGGCGCUCAACGACGGCCCCAUUGUGCAGCCGGGCAACAAGGUCACGAUUAUUGCCACCAAGUAUGACACGAUUGUCACGCCCGCCGUAACUGCCUCGUUCAUCAACGAGCCUGGCGUGUAUAACGUGUUGACCCAGAACGUCUGCCCGCUGGACUUUGCUGGCCACAUCAACUUGGCCCUUGACGCCAACAUGUUCCAGCUGACUCUCAACGCUCUGCAAGACAAGAACGGCAAAAGUUUCAUCUGCACUCUGUUUUCAGGGUUCCCCUUUAAAAACUGA